AUGCUCAGACAACUAUCAAUUGCAAGGCCUUUCUUGCCUUUCGCGCCACUCAAGACUCCCAUUAGACUAUUGGCCACCAAUGGACCAAUUGCCGUCAAAACCACCAAUACAAAGGCCAACGCCAAAGCACGUGCAACCACCAAGGCCAAACCUUCUAAACAGUUGACUCAAUUGCAAGCAAAGCUCAGCAAAGCCAAAGAAGCCCAGAAACAAACAUCAGAAGCCCUCAAACUCAAACAACAGGAAAUCAAACAAGCCAUCAAGCAACGCAAGCAAAAGCAAGACUUGUUGGCCAAAAGAGAGCAGGAUAAAGCGACAAGAAAACCGCGUCCAUACAGAUUGGUCAACUUGUACAUGAACCAGCGCAAGGGGGCGCUCCAAGACGCCCACAAGGCCAUCUCGGCGUUUUCAAGCGACGAACGUCAAAAGUGGCAACAAGCAGUACAGGAGUUCAAUCGGCAAGCGGCCCGGUUCUUCACGCCCAAACCCACUUUUGGUCCGCGCAAUGCAGCACAACGGUACCUCAAAGAAAACCUCCAGCUGAUUGGCGACGAUUCUCAUUCGCCUGCUGAGCGGUUGACGCUUGUUAUGCGCCAAUGGAAAGCGUUGCCCGAGUCGGAGAAACUAAAGUAUGGCGUGGAUAAGCUGCAAGUGGUGGAGAUGAACCGAGCUUUGAAGGACUGGAGAAAUUCGAGAGUGGUUGAGUACCGCAAGUACUUGGAUUUCAAAAAGAACUACAAGCUCGAUCUUGAUGACUAUUAA